UUCUGUCCCUGUGGCCCAUCGGGCGUACUCAACGUCAGUCGCUGUAGAUACGACUCGUCAGCCUUCAUUUCCCAUCCCCACUUCUACAACGGAGACGCGAGUCUCAGAGACGCUGUGACGGGGUUGGAACCCCGCGCUGACCUGCACGAAAUGUUUAUUGACCUUCACCCGCUCACAGGUGUUCCAGUGAACGUCUCCAUUCGCCUGCAGCUGAACAUGAUGGUCAAAGGGGUCGAAGGAAUAUCAACCUCGGGGACGAUCAAGCCGGUGAUCCUGCCGAUACUUUGGUUCGAAGAGAGCGGCCACAUGGACGGCGAGCUGAGGGACGCCUUCUGGACCAACGUCGUUCUGCUGCCCCUCAUCAUGGACGUGGUCCGCUACGGCCUCCUGGGCCUGGGCCUCGCCCUGGUGCUGACGGGGGCCGUGGCGCUGGCCGUGACGCGGCGCCACCGCGAGACCGACGACGACGACGACGACGAGGAGGAGGACGACGAGAAGGGGGACAAGGGGGAGAAGGAGGCGGUGACGACGACACCGACGAAGAAGAAGAAGAAGAUGAUGAAGUGGCGGUUCAACAACAACAACAACAGCAGCAGCAGCAAGAAAUACCGGGAGGUGAGCGGCAGCACCGCUCCACCUCCCGAGAAGAUCACCAAGCUGUGAAGGCCUC